ACUUUUGUCAAAAAAAAAAAAAAAAAAAAAAAAAAAAAAAAUGGAUCGUUGGAAUAAUAAAAUUGCAGUGGUAACUGGCGCAAGUUCUGGAAUUGGUGAAGCCCUUGCAAAGGCUUUAAUGAAAAAAAAUAUUAAAGUCGUUGGUUUAGCGAGGAGAAUUGAAAAAAUGAAAAUUAACUUUAAUAAAGAACAGGGUGUUUUUUAUCCAAUAAAAUGUGAUCUCAGUAAGGAAGAUGAAAUAAUAAAUGUAUUUCAAUGGAUUGAGAAAAACUUAAAAUCCAUUCAUAUUCUGGUUAAUAAUGCUGGAAUUAUAUCGGAAAAUUUAUGCAUUGAGAGCACAACGGAGCAUAUAAAAAGAACAAUUGAUGUAAAUUUAAUUGCCCCCACAAUUUGUACCAGGGAGGCUGUGAAAAUUAUGAGAAAAAAUAACGUUGCCGGUCAUAUUAUUAAUAUAAACAGUAUUUUGGGACAAAAUAUUUUAUUUUUCAACAAUACAGCGUUCGAUAUGUAUAGUCCAAGUAAAUUUGCCCUUAAGGCCAUGAGUCAAGUGGUCGAACUUGAAUUAGAACACGUCAAGAAUAAAACUAAAAUUACGACAAUAUAUCCAGGUUUAGUGAAAACUGAAUUACCACCACAAGAAUCUUUUAAUGUUCUACCUUAUCUUAAUGCUGAAGAUGUUUGCGACAGUAUUAUUCAUAUUUUAUCAACUCCACCACAUGUACAGAUCAAGGAACUGACGAUUGUACCGCUCUCAUCGUCCAUUUUACUAAGAUAAUAAAUUUACGACAAAUACACAAAAAAAUUAUAAAAAUAAAGCAAGAAAAUAAAAUUUCUUUUUUACUGACAAAAAAAA